UCUUUAGUUCAUUACUUAACCUUCAUCAUCGUUACAGAAAAUAAACUAGAAGAGAACAAAGAAAAUUAAUCAUUCAUCAUGGCUAGAGGAAAGAUCCAGAUCAAGCUCAUCGAGAACCCGACCAACAGGCAAGUCACCUUCUCGAAGAGAAGAAACGGUCUCUUCAAGAAAGCUAAUGAGCUCACCGUUCUCUGCGAUGCGAGGGUUUCCAUCAUCAUGAUUUCCAGUACUGGGAAAAUCCACGAGUUCAUCAGCCCUUCCACUUCAACGAAGCAAAUGAUUGAUCAGUACCAGAAAACCUUGGGCAUCGAUGUCUGGCAAGGUCACUAUGAGAAAAUGCAGGAGAAGUUGAAGCAGCUGAAAGAGGUUAACAGGAAUCUGCGCAAGAAAAUUAGGCAAAGGAUGGGUGAAUGUUUGAACGAUGUAAGCACAGAGGAUCUUCAAGGAUUGGAGCUGGAAAUGGAUAACGCUGUCAAGCUUAUACGUGAUCGAAAGUAUCGUGUGAUCAGCAAUCGGAUUGAUACUUCCAAAAAAAAGUUGAGGAAUGAGGAAGAGAUACACAAAAACCUGUUACAUGAACUGGAUGCACUGAAAGAAGAUCCAUACGGUUUUGUUGAUAAUGGAGGGGAUUGUGAGACCAUUAUUGGAUACCAAAACGGAGGUCCUCGUAUAUUUGCUUUACGCUUACAGCCUAGCCAUCCCAGUGGAGGAGGAUCAGAGAUCACAACCUAUCCUUUGCUCGGGUAGCAUAUCUAUAUCUCUAUAUAUUUCUUUAGAAAGAAAGAAAAAAACUUUAUUUAUAUUUCAUGUAUCCCUUGUCUUUACAAUAGAAUCUACUCUUGAUGACUAAUAUAUUGCCAUGGAAACUAAUAUAUAUUUAUAUGGUGUGUACUAAUACUAAAAGACUCUUCACUUUA